AUGGAUGCUACCAUUUACCAGAUCAUAUUCGGGGAGCUCGGGGACUUGAAUUGUAGUUUGAUAGAUGCUUUCCAGGACACUUUUUUGGAAAACGCUUCAUUGUCAUUGCUGAGCGCUGAUGGUCUAUAUUGCAAUGCCACAACCGAUGAGAUUGGAACCUGCUGGCCGCGGAGCAGCACCGGAAGGAUAGUAGAGAGACCCUGCCCUGAGUACAUCAAUGGGGUGAAGUACAACACAACGAGGAGUGCUUACAGGGAAUGCAUGGAUAAUGGGACGUGGGCGUUGAAGAGCAAUUACUCCAAUUGCGAGCCCAUUUUGGAGGAGAAGAGAAAAUAUCCCAUGCAUUACAAAAUAGCGCUGAUCAUCAACUACCUAGGCCACUGUAUCUCCGUGGGAGCUCUAGUCGUGGCCUUCAUUCUCUUCUUGUGCUUAAGGAGCAUACGAUGCCUUCGAAACAUCAUCCACUGGAACUUGAUCACCACCUUCAUCCUGAGGAAUGCCAUGUGGUUUUUGCUUCAGCUGAUUGACCACAAUAUCCACGAGAGCAAUGAGCCUUGGUGUCGAUUAAUUACAACGAUAUACAACUACUUUGUGGUGACAAACUUUUUCUGGAUGUUCGUUGAAGGCUGUUACCUUCACACAGCCAUUGUAAUGACUUAUUCAACCGAUAAACUCCGAAAGUGGGUCUUCCUUUUCAUCGGCUGGUGUAUUCCAUGCCCUAUAAUAGUUGCCUGGGCCAUAGGAAAGUUGUAUUAUGAAAAUGAACAAUGUUGGUUUGGUAAAGAACCUGGAAAAUAUAUGGACUACAUUUACCAGGGACCAGUUAUUCUUGUACUUCUGAUUAACUUUGUUUUCCUCUUCAACAUAGUAAGAAUUCUUAUGACCAAACUAAGAGCUUCAACCACAUCUGAAACAAUACAGUACAGAAAAGCCGUGAAAGCAACACUAGUCCUGCUACCUCUGCUGGGCAUCACCUACAUGCUCUUCUUUGUGAAUCCGGGGGAGGACGACAUCUCACAAAUCGUUUUCAUCUAUUUCAACUCCUUUUUGCAGUCCUUUCAGGGGUUCUUCGUGUCAGUGUUUUACUGCUUUCUAAAUGGAGAGGUACGUUCUGCAGUGAGGAAGCGGUGGCACCGCUGGCAGGACAACCACGCCCUUCGAGUGCGAGUGGCACGAGCCAUGUCCAUCCCGACAUCUCCGACCAGGAUCAGCUUCCACAGCAUCAAGCAGACAACAGCUGUGUGA